AUGGCGUCACUAAAACGGAAAUUCGACGCACUGGUGGAGUUCUGCUUCUCGACAAGCUCAAGCAAACCGAAACGGGAUAAUGAUAGUACACCGACAUCUACUCCCACCAAGGCUAAGCCGCCUCAAAAGGCCAGGCCCGGUGGCUCCUCGCUGAUCAUUCUCGGACGGGAUAUCACAGCGCUGAUCAUGGAUGAGCUGCAGAGGAGCAGCCCUGGGACUCUGUCCUCGGUCGCUCUGGUCAGUUCAUACUAUCACGUGCUGGCACGAUAUAGCCAGCACCGCGACGUGACGGUCCGACUGGAUCAGAAAUAUCUCACUUCGACCAGCUCUUGGCCCCUUGAUAUCCCCGCGGAAAGUUCCGCUCACUUGUUGUGGUGGCUGAACCAAGCCAAGACCGGACAGCUGCUUCCUGCUAUUCAUCGUCUGACGGUCAGACACGAUAGGUAUCAGUCCACCGAGGAUUCAGAAGUCAAGCAGGCCAUAGAAGCACUGUGCAAACACUUGCCGGAGAUGUCCGGGCUGACGGACCUUACUUGGGACGGCGGCAAUGACGUCCCUGACCCGGUUGUUCAAGCACUAUCAGGCCGGCCUGCGCUACGCUUGCAUGUCAACCUCUACCCGAGCCGGCACCGAGUGAACGAAGAGAAACCCCACAAGCAAGUGUUUUCAGGUUUAAUGGGACUCACGAAUCUCACCUCGCUCAAGAUCAAGCACAUCUUUGUUACGGAUCGACAAUGCCUGGACAUCAUGCAGCCUCUCAAAGAUGUCCUACUCUCGUGUAAAACCUUGCGCAAGCUGAGCCUUGACAUUCACCAGCCGCGGAGUGGCUGCAGCCAUCAGCUUCCGCCGAGCACGUAUGUCGGACUUGGUUUUGUUAACGGCCAGCGACCUGCUGCACUGCGAGAGCUUGAGCUGCGCAGCUAUCCAAGCCGGAAUUAUCCUAACGGCCGGGAGAUGAACUACUGGGCUACAACCUUUGACUGGUCACAGCUAGAACGCCUUGUGGUAAGCCAGCCUGAGCUGGCACACCUAAUGCUGCCCUACCUACAGUGCCUGCGCCACGUUGAGUUUCCUAUAAGUUCCAUGAAUGGCCUAGUCCAAGACUUUUGCAGGCGAGUACCUGAAAGUCUUGAGAGUAUCAGCGUAGCAAGCGUCAAUAUUGAAGGACUUGACGCUUUGCUGGGUCAUGGUCCAACCCUUCGUACUUUACGGAUACAUCAGGUAGAGACGUACGAGCCGGAGGAAUGGCGAAAUGAAGCUGUCAGCGAGAGUAUAAUGAGGCGUAUUCGAGGCACGUGCACAGUCAUUGAGGAGCUGGAAGUUGAUAUCGGACGGGAUGGUGGCAAAUGGCCUUAUGCCAUGCUCGACAUUAUCGCCAGCUUCCCGCGCCUGCGCCGUCUCAAGCUUUGGUUCGAGCUCGGUGUCUGCGAUGAAUCCAACCCUAUGAAGCCGUAUGUGACAGCCUUCGCUGCGCGACAUCUCUUUGACUAUCUGUUGUCAAGAUCAACUGCAAGACCAUCUCAACUACGCAGUAUUGAGAUUAACUCAGGCUCGCCCCCGCCCAUCGGAUUUGGGUUGAUCAGAGAAAACUGGCCGAGGGAUAAUUCAGCAACCUUUAGAUGCAGCGUAUCGGAACGCGAUGACGAUGGACCGCAGCGUACCUACGCCUUUGACGUAGAGGGCCUCACACGCACGGAGUCCCAAUGCUUCGGCGAGGGAGAUCCAACGGUUGAAGUGCCGUCCGGUGUGCAUCGGCUUCUCGAAAAACAAUUCCUAGUCGCAAGAGAUGGCCCGUCACCACCUCAGUAG